CGCUCGUGCUGACGAUGGGAGACGUUCUCUGCGAGGAGCUCGAGGAUUUAGUUCAUUUCUCAGUGACCGACCUGCCAGCGCGAGGCUAUGUCGUCAUGGAGGAGAUCCGACGUCAGGGGAAACUCUGUGACGUCACGCUCAAGGUGGGGGAUCACAAGUUCAGCGCUCAUCGGAUCGUCCUGGCGGCCUCCAUCCCGUACUUUCACGCCAUGUUCACUAACGACAUGGUGGAGUGUAAGCAGGACGAGAUCCUGAUGCAGGGCAUGGACCCCAGCGCUCUGGAGGCUCUCAUCAACUUCGCCUACAGCGGCCACGUGGCCAUCGACCAGCAGAACGUGCAGUCUCUUCUGAUUGGCUCGAGCUUCCUGCAGCUGCAGAACGUCAAAGACGCCUGCUGCUCCUUCCUGCAGGAGAGGCUCCAUCCAAAGAACUGCCUGGGUGUGCGUCAGUUCGCAGAGACCAUGAUGUGUACCACGCUCUACGACUCGGCCAACAGUUUCCUGCAUCAGCACUUCGUGGACGUCUCUCUGUCCGACGAGUUCCUGAGUCUGAGGACGGACGAGCUGCUGGAGCUGGUGGGCUGUGAUGAGCUCAACAUCAAGGCUGAGGAGCAGGUGUUUGAGGCGGUGCUGUCCUGGGUUCACCAUGACCGGGAGCGGAGGGAGUCGAUUCUGCCGGAGCUGCUGUCAAAGAUCAGACUUCCUCUUUGUCGACCUCAGUUCCUGUCGGACCGAGUCCAGCAGGACGACCUCAUUCGCUGCUGCCAUAAAUGCAGAGACCUGGUGGACGAAGCCAAAGAUUUCCACCUGAUGCCCGAGCGUCGCCCUCACCUGCCGGCCUUUAAGACGAGACAGAGAUGCUGCACGUCCAUCACCGGGCUGAUCUACGCCGUGGGAGGGCUCAACAGUUCAGGUGACUCCUUAAACAUCGUCGAGGUCUUCGAUCCAAUUGGGAACUUUUGGGAGCGCUGCCAGCCAAUGAGGACGGCGCGCAGCAGAGUGGGCGUGGCUGUUGUUAACGGGCUGCUGUACGCCAUUGGGGGAUAUGACGGCCAAUCCCGACUCAGCACAGUGGAAGUUUACAAUCCAGAGACGGACAGCUGGACACGAGUGUCGAGUAUGAACAGCCAGCGCAGCGCCAUGGGAACAGUCGUGGUCGAUGGUCACAUCUACGUGUGCGGCGGCUACGAUGGAAAGUCGUCUCUGAACUCUGUGGAGUGUUAUUCUCCAGAGACCGACAGGUGGACAGUUGUGACGGAGAUGAGUGCAAGCCGCAGUGCCGCCGGUGUGACGGUGUUCGAUGGACGGAUCUUUGUCUCCGGCGGCCAUGACGGUUUACAGAUCUUUAACACGGUGGAGUACUACAACCACCACACUAAUCGCUGGCACCCGGCCGCCGCCAUGAUGAACAAGCGUUGUCGUCACGGGGCGGCGGCUCUCGGCAGUCACAUGUACGUGGCGGGGGGAUACGACGGCUCGGGCUUCCUGAGCGGGGCGGAGGUGUUCAGCUCGGGGUCGGGGCAGUGGAGCCUCCUGGUGGCCCUGAACACGCGGCGCAGCAGAGUGUCGCUGGUGUCGACGUCGGGGCGUCUGUACGCCGUGGGCGGGUACGAUGGACAGUCCAACCUCAGCUCCGUGGAGAUGUACAACCCCGACACAAACCGCUGGACGUUCAGGGCGCCCAUGGUCAGCCACGAGGGCGGGGUCGGGGUGGGGUGCAUCCCUCUGCAGCCCGCCUAAACCGGCCAAUUAGAGGCCAAGAACUGAUGUGUUACUGACGGCUGCGGGCGGGGCGGCGCCCUCCGCUAGCAUUCACUGAGCUUUCACGGUACGACCGCCAGGCUCAGAUCUGCACACUGACGCCAGGCCUGUGGGAUUAUGGGUAAAAACUGUAGAGCUAGCCUGUGGUGGCUAGCUGCUAGCAUGGUGCUAGUUGAGGAUGGAUUGGUAGAUUUUAUUCUGAAAGACCAACAGGAAGUGCUUUUAUUCCUGAACAAACAAACAAAGCUGCUGAAACAGGAGGAUUCACUGGACCAUCUGAUUGGUCGGCUGUGACCAAUGAGAGACAGCGAUGGACAGGAAGUGACACUGCGAACACAAACAGGAACAAGAAUGAAAAACAGACUUUAUUUAAAACCUCGGAUUCAUGUUCAGCAGCGCCUCCUUCAGGCUGCAGACAUUACUACAGCUAAUGGAGGAGAUCACAGGCUGAAACUGAUUGGUCGGUUUAUCGUUUACAGCUACAGAUGGCCCCACUGUCUCCACUAGCUGCUACUGUUAGCCUGUUAGCAGCUACUGUUAGCCUAUUAACAGCUACUGGCAACCUGUCAGCUGCUACUGUUAGCCUGUUAGCAGCCACUGUUAGCCCGUUAGCAGCUACUGUUAGCCUGUAAGCAGCUACUGUUAGCCUGUAAGUAACUACUGGCAACCUGUUAGCUGCUUCUGUUAGCCUGUUAGCAGCUACUGUUAGCCUAUAAGCAACUACUGGCAACCUGUUAGCUGCUACUGUUAGCCCGUUAGCAGCUACUGUUAGCCUAUUAGCUGCUAUUGUUAGCCUGUUAGUAGCUACUGGCAACCUGUUAGCAGCUACUGGCAACCUGUUAGCUGCUACUGUUAGCCCAUUUGCAGCUACUGUUAGCCUGUUAGCAGCUACUGUUAGCCUAUAAGCAGCUACUGGCAACCUGUUAGCUGCUACUGUUAGCCCGUUAGCAGCUACUGUUAGCCUGUUACCUGCUACUGUGAGCCUGUUAGCAGCUACUGUCAGUCUGUUAGUGGCCACUGUAAGACUGUAAGCAACCACUGGUAACCUAUUAGGUGCUACUAUUAGCAUGUUAGCAGUAAUGGGUAACCUGCUAGCAGGUAUUGUUAGCGUGCUAGCUGCUACCGUUUGCAGCUACUGGUAACAUGCUAACUGCGACUUUCAGCCUAUUAGCUGCUACUGUUAGCCUGUUGGUGGCUAAUGUUAGCCCUUAGCAGUUACUGGUAACCUGCUAGCUGCUACUGUCAGACUGUUAGCUGCUAGGGUUAGCCUGUUUGUGGCUAAUGUUAGCCUGUAGCAGCUACAGGUAACCUGCUAGCUGCUACUGUCAGCCUGUUAGCUGCUAGGGUUAGCCUGUUGGUGGCUAAUGUUAGCCCUUAGCAGUUACUGGUAACCUGCUAGCUGCUACUGUCAGCCUGUUAGCUGCUACUGUUAGCCUGUUGGUGGCUAAUGUUAGCCCUUAGCAGUUACUGGUAACCUGCUAGCUGCUACUGACUGACUGUUAGCUGAUACUGUUAGCCUGUUGGUGGUUAGCAGUCACUGUUAUCUGCUACUGUUAGCAACAUUGGUAGCUCAUGUUAGCAGCAGCUGUUAGCAGCCGUCGGACAUAAAUAAAUGUAGACGCCAGAACUAGCUGACUCAUACAUCAGCGUUGCCGCCAUAUUAGUAGAGGCAGAUCCACUCUGUAGGUUGAUGAACUAGCUGACUCAUACGUCAGUGUUGCCACCAUAUUGGUAGAGGCAGAUCCACUCUGUAGGCUGAUAUAACUAGCUGACUCAUACGUCAGCGUUGCCGCCAUAUUGGUAGAGGCAGAUCCACUCUGUAGGUUGAUAUAACUAGCCGAAUCAUACAUCAGCGUUGCCGCCAUAUUGGUAGAGGCAGAUCCACUCUGUAGGUUGAUAUAACUAGCCGAAUCAUACAUCAGCGUUGCCGCCAUAGUGGUAGAGGCAGAUCCACUCUGUAGGUUGAUAGAGGUAGAAGAUGAAAAUGUUAGAAUUUUCCAGUCAGAAGAAUAAAAAUUGACAUUAAAUUGGUUUAAAUAAAUGGUUUUAUACUCAAAGAUCAGUAAACAUUUAAAUAAUAAUAUCGAGGCUCAUUUCUGUCAUUUAGAGAGGAACUACAGAUGGAAAUUAACUCGAUAGAUAAAUCUGGAACAGAUCUUCUCUCUUUUCAGACUAAUGUUUUUUAUUUAUCAUUCUUCAAACACAUAAACUAAAGUAAAACUGGUGAUUGUGAGGAGUAGUCAAACAGUAAAAUUCUUAAAUUGAUAUAAUGGGAUCAAAAGGCCAAAUUUUGAAACAAUAACUUCAUUGUCACCGGUGCACACACACAAACACUAGGGAUGUAAUGGUUCAGAGGUCAGGGUUUGGUUCAUGGAUUAAAAAGGAGCUUCAAGUCUCAGACCUAUAAUUCUGGAUUUGCCUCUCUAGGUUCUGUUCAGAUGGCAUCACAGCAGAGAAGUGAGACACUCUACCAAAAGGCCAUGGCUGAGCUGUUUAUGACGAUUUUAAGAGUGAAAAUUAAAACCUUCUCUAAUCUGGUAUAUUCAUAUUAUUAUAUAUGCUAUAUAUUAUAUAUUCAGGCAAAAAUUAAACACAGUUUUAAAAAGUCCCAGAGAAACAGCAGCAGACAGAGAUUAAAAACCUUCCUGGAUCCUGGAUGAGUGGUCUAACAACACUCCUGUACGGUCUGUUUCCACAAACCGGUCCGGUUUAGUUCAGUCCGGAUUCACUCUUCUGUAGGAGAAACAGGAAGCUGAUGGACUUUAGCAGCAGGCACUAACUUUUCUUCUUCGUGUGUUUUGUUUUCUGCCUUUCCUCUUUUCUUUGUUGGUUGUUUAAAAGCGGUUAGCAUUUAUGAACACUGCUCCCACCUAGACUGGCAGGUGAAUACUGUGGCCUGUUUUCUUUUCAUGCACCGAACCACAACCUAAAUGGGGGAACACAAACACCGUUACACCCCUAACUGUCAGCGGUUGUCAUCUUUAUUAUUGACAGUUCAGAAAAGGAUCAUCAGUAUCCGUUCACUGUAAAUGUGCGUGCUUUUAUUCUGAAAUCCCAGUUUCCUCAUAUUUGUGUAUUUAGACCUUCCUCUACCAAUAUGGCUGACGGCGGUAAACAGAGUCAGUGUGGCGUCUUUGUUUCUGAUGUCUGCGUCUGUUUUCAGUCUCAGUCGGGUUCAGGCUACGUUCGCUGGUUUUCUCUGGAGGAAAAUUAAAAACUCAAAGACUCUGACAACAUCCUGACAUUUAUUUCUUUAAAACAUCGAUGAUGAUGAUGAUGAUGAUGAUGAUGUCUUCCUCUCGGCUCUGCAGCGCCCUCCUCUGCAGAGUUGAACGUGAGCAGGUUGACCUGUAGGGGGCGCUGGAGGAGUCGCGCUGGGUCUGGGUUUGUCUUCAGUGGCGUGUUACAGAAUUCCCGAGUGUUCCUGAACGUCACAUCAGACCUGCUGACGAGGCUGUAGAGACUCAGCUCAAUGAUCAGCCAUUAAUCAGUGAUCGAUCGAUUGAUUUUAACGCUGAUUCUCUUUAAUUAUUUAAAUGUUUCUGUUGGUCUGAAACAGAGAAGUCUCUGGAAGCGUUCGGUCCUCAGUGAGACGGCUGAAAGGUUCCAGAGCUGGAGAGGGCGGACUAAAAGCUUCCAAAGUUUUUCUUUUUACUGAAAAUAAAUCUGAAAGUUUGAUUCCAUGACCUUCUGAAUAAAUGAAAGGAAAGCACUGAUGUUAUUGAUUUGUCCCUCUGCAGCUUCCAUACGUGUUUUUUUAUUGAUUAAUUUAUGAUUGAUUAGUUCUCUUCUGAGAGGUUUGUGAUCAUUAAAGAGGCUGAUGUUCCUGAA